CAGCUCCGAACAUCCGGUGACGUAAGUCUUUAACCAUAACGUAAGUGCGUACUGUGUGUACAGUGGCGCUUUGGCUAAUUGUAAGGGGAUUUGUUGCAAUUGGAGACUCUAGUCUAAUUGCUAAGGCGUAAUUGUCUUCGGUACUAUUUUUGUCAAGCCUUGUUUAUCAAGAAAAGGGGCAAACUAUCUUAAUUUCUGCCCUGUGGUUGUUUUUUCGGAGCUCUUCUUUAGCCUUUAGGCUAGUUGGCUAACAGGGUUCACAAUGGAGGGUAGCGCUAGCGUGAGGAGAGCGUUGUCUGGGACCCUGGUCCCUUUGGCAAUCACAACAGUAGCUCUGCGUCAACCCGAGGAAAAUGAGAAGGAUAAGGGGAAAUUCAAACGAAAAGUUCUUGAUGAAGAGGAAUACAUUGAAAACUUAGAAAAAAUCAUCCAGAGAGAUUUUUUCCCAGACGUGACAAAAAUGCAAGCACAAAAAGAUUAUUUGGAAGCAGAAGAAUGUGGAGACCUGGAGAGAAUGAGAGAGAUCUCUAUCCGAUAUGGGUCAUCUUUGAACAAGUCUACACCACAAUCAACUGCUCCCUAUGUCACCCCUGCAAGCUUUGAGACACCAGUGGGCUGCCCAGGAUCUCCCUCCUCCACCUACGGUAACAAAGGUUCAGAUGGAGAGAAAAGGAACAAUGACAAUGAAGAGAAAAGGUUGCCCUGUCUGGACCGUUUCCUUGCCAAAAAUACCAGUGAGGAUAACGCAUCCUUCGAGCAGAUAAUGGAUCUGGCAGAGGAUAAAGAGAAACUUAAGCAUUCUUGGUUGUAUGAAGCAGAAGUAGAAUUCAAAGAGCGCCAUGAGAAAAACCUUGCCUUACCAUCAGUAGAGAAGGCUGCUCUUGAAUGCGUCAAAGCUGGGCUGGAGACGUGGGAGUACAAAGCCAAAAAUGCCUUGAUGUAUUAUCCUGAGGGUGUCAAAGACGAUGAUGCUUUGUUCAAGAAGCCAAGAGAGGUCGUACAUAAGAACACCCGCUUUGCUGGGGACCCAUUCAGCAAAGCACUCAACAAAAGCCAAAUUCAACAGGCAGCAGCAUUGAAUGCACAGUUUAAACAGGGCAAAGUGGGCCCUGAUGGCAAAGAGUUAAUCCCACAUGAAUCUCCAACAGUGAAUGGAUACGGCUUUGAAAGGACCCCCUCCCCUGCACCUGGUGUAACUGAUUCCCCUCUGAUGACCUGGGGUGAGAUUGAGAGCACCCCUUUUCGUUUGGAUGGAUCUGACAGUCCAUAUGUUGAGAGGAACCACGGCCCUUCUUUUAAGAUUCCAGAGCCGGGCAGACGGGAGAGGCUGGGAUUGAAAAUGGCGAAUGAAGCUGCAGCCAAGAACCGCGCAAAGAAACAGGAGGCAUUGCGUAAAGUCACAGAGAACCUAGCAAGCCUUACACCCAAAGGUCUGAGCCCCGCUCUCACGCCCGCCCUGCAGCGGCUUGUAAAUCGGACAUCUAGCAAAUAUACGGACAAAGCGCUGCGGGCCAGUUACACCCCUUCACCCUCACACAGAGUCCCAAGCUGCAAGUCUCCCUUCGGUGGCCCAGCCACUCCUACAGGAACACCCACACCCAACAAAGCCAAGACGCCCAGCUCUCAGGACCUCACGUCCCUCACAGACAAUCUGCUGCAGCUCCCCAAGAGACGGAAAGCCUCCGAUUUUUUCUAAGAGGACAAACUCUGCUCGGACUGUAUCUACAAAAAAAAAAAA